AUGUCUUCAGACAGCGACAGUUCAUAUGGCGGCGGAGGUGGCUAUUCUUAUGGCGGAGGUGGAUAUGGAAGAGGAGCAAGCUCAUCAUCUGAAUCUGAAUCAGAGUCUGACCGUGACACACGUCACGGUGGUUGGGGAACUUAUUAUGGCGGAAGAGGAGGGGGCAUGAGCAGUGGUACAGGCGCGGGGGGGAACACAAGCAGCGCUUAUGGUUCGGGAGGCGUAUCGCACGGAGCGGCAAGCACAGGUAGAAGUUUGGUGGAAAACGAUGUCGAAUCAGAUCACGACGAGAACGAUCAACAAAACUUGGAGCAAAAUCAAUCUAUCACGCAGCCCUCGGCGACUCAAAACUUGCAAAGCCACAGCGAAGCGGAGAGGCUACCUUCAGAGCCGAUUACAUCUCAUGGCAGUGAUGGUGGACAUGGAAUAGAACACGCUGAUAUUAUCGAAGGAAGGGCACAUUAUGUUGGGGACGAGAGAGAACACGAUGAUGGUGGUGGUGGUGGUGGUGGUGGUGAUACAGAGAGUGACGGAGACGAGGAACUGUCGUUGGCUGCCCUUGAAGGCUCGAGUUCAUCGACGCAUUCUGGCUCAGGGGGGUUGGACUUGGACUCCGACCACGAAGAUGGAGGAAACCCCCAGGAUAAUGGAUCAAACUCGCGAGGUUCUUCUGGAAAUCGUGGAGGCGGUGAUCGCGUCGGUGAUGCCGAGGUGGGCUUCCACGACAUAGACGCGGCGCUCCCAGACAACUCGGAAGCAGGGGGUAUUGGCAUCUACGUCCGACUCGAUUCUACCGAGAGUUCAAGUGACCGCGGUUUCUUCAACGGCAAUGCCCCGGUCAUACGUUUUCAACUGCCUGGCGCAAGUCAUCCAAAGCAACGCACGCAGCAAGCGAAUGACGCAGAAUCGGUGCAGGUGAAUAGUGACGACAGAAUUCAAGCCCAGGCAGGAACCUUUCAAGUCAGCCUUGCGAACCAGCUGAAUUCGAGUACCGGCUCCUACCGCACGUUGACCCCCGAAGAGGUGCAGUCCCCACGACCGGCUGAGCCUCAAUCCAGCCCUGAUUCUCAAGCUUCAUCCUCUGAAGAGCUACAGAGAAUGAAAUAUAUCAAGGCCCUUGAGUUGCGCAUCAAACGUGACACAUCCCCGAUUUUCGCAAGUACCGGUUAUGGAACCAUACAACGCCAACCCCACGCAAAUUCUCCAACCGAAUCUGAUGUCUGGGUGCCUUUUUGUCACUGCCUGCCCACAAAUUUCUCACGGGGACCUGCAUAUACAGCUCUUCCAGGUCGAUCACAUAUUCGUGUGAUUACAAUUCAUCCUGGUAAGGGGGAUGAGAUUCUCAGCUGCACAUUGGAUACAGUGGACCUAGAUAAUCCAGAAAGGCCCUACGAAGCAAUUUCUUACCAGUGGGGGAGCCCGAAAGUGUCAAAACUGCCUAUCUCAAUUUCUGGAAAGGAGGUAUUCAUAAGCACAACGCUAACAAAUAUCCUAAUGGGGCUGCGGCUACGUGAUCGUGUGCGAAUCGUAUGGGCCGAUGCUCUGUGCAUCAAUCAAGGUGAUCAUGCUGAACGCCAGCAGCAAGUUGGUCUCAUGCGUCGCGUCUAUUCGCAGGCAUCGAGAGUGGUAAUUUGCCUUGGGGCUCAUAAGUCUCUAGCAAAAGAAUCCUUCUCUGCAGUUGAAAAGCUUACAUCUAUUUGGCUGAGAUUUCAGAACAGCCCAUCUGCCACGUUGGAAAAGAGCCAAGGGAUACUUGAUAAGAGGUACAGGUCCAAUGUUGGCCAUGUUACCAUGAGAAACGUCCUACAGAUCUUCCAGGAUCCCUACUGGACACGUCUUUGGGUAGUCCAGGAAGUGGUUUCGUCACGCCUCGCAGUUGUCCACUGGGGCGGUGAGGAAAUAUCUUGGACUGUAGUUGGACUUGCGGCGGUUUUGAUACGAAAUCAAGAAUCGCUUUGGCAGAGGUUCACGUCUUCCGAGGCAUCUGAGGCCGCUGUUUUUGGCCUCCUAAACGCCUACCUAAUGUAUCGACUGCCGUCGGCCAAUUUCCGUGGAAGCUCCAUGUCUUUUCUUGAUGUGCUUCGUCUUACAAGGAGGUUUAAUGUGACGGUUCUACUGGAUCGUAUCUAUGCUGUGCUUGGAUUGCCGAGCCAGCAGACUGAGGCUGGAAAGGUAUUCAUCACGCCCAAUUACCAAAUUCUUCGGGAGGGCCUUUAUACACGUGUGUUCUACUGGGUUACGGCCACUCAUGAAACUCCAUUGGAAAUACUAUCGACAGUCCGACACAUAAAGCGUAUCGACCCAGGGUUCCCGACUUGGAUUCCACAAUGGCAUAUUGAACCCAUCCGGAGCAUCGUUGGCUCGCACCAUAAAGCUAUGAAGUUUAAUGCUUCAGCCAACUGUCCACGGAAUCCGUUGUUUGAGGUUAAUUGGAAACUGGACGAGCGGAGCUUGACGCUAGAAGGACUCAUACUUGGCGUUAUCAAAUCUUCGGCGAAGCCCAUCCCUGCUGAACUGUCACCCAAGGCCACGUGGCGGGCUCGGCAACUGGCCGAGCAUAAUGCACAGUUGGAAGAAUGGGCUAUGGAUCAUCUCAGCAGCGAACCAAAGAAACUGGCGCUUAGCCUGACAUUAACGGCUGGACAGGACUGGUAUGGUUCCAUUAUCAAGGAGCACAUGGACUACGAACAUCACUUGAAAGGCUUUCUCGACUGGACUUGCACGCAAAACUGGAUGAGCUCGCCUUGCAAUGGUAUAACGGUGGGACAGGGCAGUCUGCGCGCUGAGAGAUACGGCCAAGCUAUGCGGAAUGUAUGCUACGGGCGUAAAGCAUUCACAGCUACAGGAUGUGUUAUGGGGCUAGGGCCUGAUGUACUCCGUCCGGGCGACUUGGUGUGUGUUCUAUUUGGUGGCCCAGUGCCUUACAUUCUACGCCCCUUGCGUGGAGACGAAUAUCACUUUGUAGGUGAAUGCUUUGUUCCGGGAUAUAUGGAUGGAGAGGCCAUCACACAAUGGAAAGCUGGGACACUAGGAGCACAAGAGCCUGAACGAUUCGUUUUGAAGUAA